AUGGCGCAUAUACUUAAAGUAGUAUUUGUAGCUCUGUUUUUCGCGCUACGAGGCGGCACGCCUGCGCGGUUUCCCGACAUUCUGCCAUUUCACGGAUGGUGGUCGAGUGGUGUAAACCCCGGAGAGAAGUUGGAAGAUGGUAGCAAAGAUGUUCAAGUUGUGUACUUGCCGGCAUUAUUGCCUCGUGAAGCGCAGACGGACGGCAGCUCGGCUGAUCACGACGUACCAUUGUCUUAUAGUUUUGAUGCUUUUGGAAGAAAUUUUGAUCUCCAACUUUUACCAAAUAGACGACUUGUGUCAUCUCAAUUCCGAGUGUGGUCAGAAAAUGGUCCAGAUGAGGCGCUAUCAACAGUAGACUCUACUUGUCAUUUUCUGCACAGUGGACCCGGCGCCGUGGCUGCUUUUUCUGCCUGUAGAGACCAUAAGCUACACGGACUUAUCAUGACUGAAAAUUCAACAUACGAAGUGCGACCGCUAUCAUCAGGUGCAGGACGAGUGCCAAAAGGCGGCAGACAUGAAAGGACGGCACACGUAAUCCGUCGGGCACCUCCACCACCACCCCUCCUUGAUGAUGACCGACCACUUCGCCGCACUGUCAGAAGACCAAGAAUGUACCCGGCUAAGCCCACACCUUCUUCUUACACCAUAGAAAUCGCCUUGUUCCUGGAUGAGGCAGCAUACAAGUUGUUUUAUCCUCACCUCAAUUAUAACGAAGCUGAUUUGCGAGAUAUGCUGCUCGCUUAUAUCAAUGGCGUACAAGCAUUAUACCACCACUCCUCACUGGGAACUCGCGUGAACCUGUCCCUUGUUCGCCUCACGUUACUGCGCUCUCAACCGUCAUCUCUCUCCACACUCGCUGAACGCGGUCGACUCUUAGACUCUUUCUGCGAAUAUCAACGCUCUUUAAACGUUGACGAUGACGACGAUCCUGAACAUUGGGAUAUGGCCCUCUUACUUUCUGGAUUAGAUUUCUACUCUGAAGAGGGUGGUCACCGCAACGGUGUGACGAUGGGGCUCGCGCCAGUGGGCGGCGUGUGUCUGCCGGCGCACGCAUGCGUGGUGUCCGAGUUCGGUGCUUCCGACACUCUCGGCCGUCCCUAUCCUUCUGCCGGCUUCACGUCCGUCUACAUCCUCGCACAUGAGAUAGGCCACAAUCUGGGCAUGCACCAUGAUGGCACGGGUAACUCGUGCGCCCGCGACGGCUUCAUCAUGUCACCGUCGCGCGGAACCAACGGAGAAGCCACCUGGUCCACUUGUAGUGCAAGAGUCGCCGCUGACUUACAAUGGGCAACAUGUUUGUUCGAUGGCAGCGACGACUUGGACACGCCAAAAGAACUGCAGCAUGAAAGAUUUGGAAACGCACCGGGUGUUUUGUGGGGGGCUAAGAAACAAUGCGAGAUACUUCUCCGAGAUAAAGACGCAGCGCCAGCGCAAGCCCCGGGGGCGAGCAGCGAGGCGGCGCAGUGCAUGCAGCUGACGUGUCGCUCUCCUCACCGCGCCGGCUUCUACUACGCCGGGCCUGCGCUGCCCGGCACUUCAUGUGGGAAUGGGAAGUGGUGUCAAGGAGGAGAUUGCGUGGAAGCGGACCCCGCAGUGAUAUCGAGUGCCAAGCCGCCACUUCAGGGACAGGACACGUGGAACGAGUGGAGUGAAGGCACCUGCAACUCCGGCUGCACGUACAGAAGCCGCGGCGCUCGCGAGCGCAGACGCUCGUGUUCGGAAAAUUCGAUCUGCGAUGGAUCUUCUUAUGAUGUAGCGCUAUGUGAUGAUUCUAAGAUUUGCGGCAAGAAGAAGCGAGUGACUGCUACCGAGCUAGCGGCGCGCAAGUGCGGCGAGUACGCGGCGCGGCUGCCGGAGCUAGACCCGCGCGGCGGCGGCCUGCAGGCGCCACACGACCCAACUCGUAUGUGGAUGGGUUGUGCCAUCUUCUGCAGACGUGGUGAAGGCGGAGGCUUCUACGCGCCUCGAGUGGAGCUCAACGACGUAGGACUAGAUCCCUACUUCCCCGAUGGAACCUGGUGUCAUUACGACGGGUCCUCCAAUUAUUAUUGCUUGCAACACCACUGCUUACCUGAAAAUUUCAAGAUGACUACACAAUUCCAUAUUUGGGAGUUACCGAGCGAGGACAUCGGAGGUCCGUUCAAUGCGAGGGCUCGCGCCGCUCCUGACGACUCUGCCGCCGCGCUACGAGCUUACCUGUCUUUAGACAACAUGGGAACGCCCUUGGCUCGGGCUGCUAUACCUCCCCACUUACCAGAAGACGACGAAACUGAUUGGGAAGUACUAGAUUAUAUCGAAUUACCUGCUAGAAAUAAAACUAAAAAGCGAAGAGGGGCGGCGGCGCUGACGGCGAGACGCGAGCACGGCGACGCAAGCGCACGCAGCCUCAGAGCGACGCGCACGUGUGGCACUCCGCACUCCGCGCUCACAGCCCGCACUGACUCCGCGCCCGCGCCCGCGCUCGCCUCCGCCUCCGCCUUGACAUCGAGCUUGACCCUCGUA